AAAACCGGUCGUUUCCAUCAAAAGAACAGCGGAGAAAAACAAGCGAUAGAAAGAGCGUUAUAACAAGUUGUCGGAUAGAAACCAAACCCGGAACCAAGUUGAAAUAUGAUCUCCCCGCCUCCUUCAGAUCAGCAGAUAAGAGUUGUGUACUGCUAGAGGCUGGAGUGCAGAGUCGAGAGCUUUUGUCGUCGUGAUAAUAAUUUAAAACAACAUUGAAAAUGAAGUGGUUUCUCCGAACUUUCUUGUUGGCUUGCAUUUGCUUCCAGGUGGUCCUGAAUGAGAAGUUGCGAGUAGUGAUUAAAGAGCCAAGUGGGCCGAUCGUGGAAGGAAGUGAUGUAACCUUGCAGUGUGUAGGUGAUGGAGAAGACAUGUCCCAAGUCAAAUUCCAAAUGUAUCACAAAUGGCUUAGAUCCUGGUUCAGUAUUGACACAACAACCUCCUUCCGCUGCUGGUAUUACAGUUUCAAUGUCACUAGAGACAAUGGGGAACUUUCCCUUCAAGUAAAGCAAAUAUACAAGUGGCAUGCCGGCCCCUAUAGAUGUGUUUCCAAUGGAACUGAUGGCCAGCAGGUCUCUGAGAAUAUGACGGUCCCUCUUCAGUAUCUUAAUGGAAUAUCAAUCUCUGAGCCUGGGAGCAUCUUUAGUCGUUACAUGAGAGACCCACGCGUUGUAAGGGUGCUGCGUGGAAAGGAUGUUGAGAUCAAAUGCUGUGCCAGCUCGUCAGAACCGCCAGUCUACCAGUGGAAGAGAAAGGGUGAUGAUUGGAUUUACCCAACCAGCAACCUGAAGAUUGUGAAGAUCACUCCGGAACAAGGUGGGGUCUACACAUGUAAAGCCACUCACCCUUCAAUCCCAAGUCUAGCCCAGUCCAAAUCUGUUCUGAUUCAGGUUGUGGAAGAACCACUGAGCUCCCUGCAGCUGAGUGAGAUGAACCUGAUUUUGGCGAUCGCAAUUCCGGCCAGCGUGCUCUUCCUGGUGAUUAUCGGCAUCAUUGCUUACAAGUGCAAGACCAAGAAGAGUGAACUGAAGGGGAUGCAACUUCUGGAUGAUAAAAACACCAAGACUCCAAUCUGGAAGGGGAGUGACUCAUCCAUCCCAUUCACCAUCAAUGAUUCUGUUCCUCUGGUUAUGUGAAUUGCUAAACAAGAAUCCUUUGAAGAGGAAAGGGGGCUGAUCGUGCCGAAGCAUUAAACAGUUUUUGCCUCUCCGUUGGUGGGGGGGGGAAUCAUAUACAUUUUAAGAAUUGCUAAAUCACAUUUACUCUUUUUGUAUCGUGGCUACAGUGUCCUGUCCUGUGAAAUGUACUGGCAAAGGUGGUGUGUGGGGAGCCGCUCUGCUUUUUUUUUCAAUCCUUAAAUGGGAUAAGAUUUGAAGAUUCUUAAAAAAAAAACUUGUGAGGAAACUACUCAGAGGCUUCAACGGAGAUGGGAAAAAAUCCACCUGCUGUUUAACCUUGUGGCCACCAGAUGACGCCACAGUAGCUCUGAACAGUGCCACCUGUUGGCAGGGGCUGAGGAUUGCACCCUCACUCUGAAGGAAAUUUAAGCCCCUUGAAAGUACUCUCUGAAUUCCUGUACACUCCCGGGGACUUCCAGCAAAUGUUGGCACAUUCCAGGGGCUCCGAGCAAAUAUUAACACAUUCCCAGGAACUUCCUGCAAAUAUUGAUGCACUUGCCUGGGGCCCUCUGCACAAUAUUGACACACUUCCCCGGGACCCUCUGCACAAUAUUGACACACUUCCCCUUGGACCCUCUGCACAAUAUUGACACACUUCCCCUUGGACCCUCUGCACAAUAUUGACACACUUCCCCGGGACCCCCUGCACAAUAUUGACACACUUCCCCGGGACCCUCUGCACAAUAUUGACACACUUCCCCUUGGACCCUCUGCACAAUAUUGACACACUUCCCCUUGGACCCUCUGCACAAUAUUGAUACACUGCCUGGGACCCCCCGUAAAAUAUUGACGCACUCCUAGAACCCCCAGUCUAUGUUCUUAAUAGAAAGCUAAAGCACAAGUAGUGUACCGUGAAUCAAAGUCCCAUCAUCUCCUGUGAGUGACCAGUUUGAAAAACUCUCAACGCAGAGGUAAUGCUACCUAACGAUUGACUCCCUGAAUGGACACUGUAAGCCUUCACAUUUACAUACUUCCUACGUUAAAUUAGCUUGAUUUUAUUCUCAUUGCAGCCUCUUUUCGAUUAUAAUCAUGCAGGUUGCACUUUGACAAUAACUGGAUUUUGUGGGAUAUCUAUGUUGUGCUGAUUUUAAAUCUAUUAAUCAUUAUGGUGUUUUACUGUUUUAUCAUUUCUGUAAUGUAAGGAUUUAUUGUGUUUUUUUUUCCUGUUAUGAUAGUUAUAAACUGCAAUUUACUUCCCUUUGAAAUGGAUUAAAAGGGUAGGAACCUUCAUUUUCAAUUUGUCGACAAGUAGCACUUUUACACGUGUAGUACCCUCCCCUUUCUGCCACCAGAUGGUGCUGUUGCAUGGUCAAAAUAGCGCCUCCUAUUGGCAGAAUGGCACGACUGCUCAUCGAUCAAUACAUUCUUCCUGUCACCAAAAAAAUAUGCGUGAGCAAGUCCGAGCAGCUUGCCCCGAGAAAGCGUCGAAACCCUCCGUAAAAGUCGGGAAGAUCUAUGCAAUUUGGUUCGGGCAGGUGGUUUAAAAUUGCUUUUCAACGUUAAAACCAUCACACAGGGCGUAAUGUGCAUCGGAAGACUUGAAUCCCAACCGUGUCUAUGUAACCAGCGCUUCUGCCCAUAGGUUUGGACCCGACUUUGCACGAGGUGGGCGGAGCAACCAUCCAAUUCAGGCAACUGUGCUUCUGGUGUCCCUUGUGAGCGAGAGGGCCCGAUGCCCUCGCUUGCCCUGGCCCUGUACGUGACUCCAUUCCGAUGGGAUUGGCUCUCCAGCUGCCCACCACCACCUUCUCCAAGGGGAACAUAUGGUACAGAAGGGGUACUAACCGCCAGCCAUGCUAGUCGCGAGCAAUGAGUAACAGUAGGCCCUGUUUCCAUUUCAUACAUGUUGCCCCUCCCCACUGUGCACCUCGAAUUCUAUCCUCGCGUUAUAAUUGAGAGACUGUUCCCUGCCACUUUGGGAGGGGGGGCUGGGGGGUGGGGUAAGGAUCAAGAACGAGAGGGCACAGGUUUAAGGUCAUUGGCAAAAAAAGAAGCAAAUGGCGACACGAGGGGAUAUCCUUUUCAUGCAGCGGGUGGUUAGGAUCUGGAAUGCGCUGCCUGAGUGUGCAGGUGGAGGCAGAUUCGAUUGACCCUUUCAAAAGGCAACUAGACUGUCAUCUGAAAAGGAAGAACGUGCAGAUGUACGGGGGAGGGGGGUGGUGGGGGGGAAGGUGGGACAAUGGCAUCAGGCGCUCUGCUCAUUUGGAGAGCCGACUCAGGUACAAUGGGCUGAACGGCCUCCUCCUAUGCUGUAACUAUUCUGCGAUUCUGUGGGGGGGGGAUGGGAAUUUUCCUUUCUGUCCCCCCUCACCAGCGAAAUUUGCCGUGAGUUCCUAUUUUAACAUCACCCUUCAACCCAUAGUCCAGCAAUCUUUCCUCCUUCAAGCAUUUAUCCAAUUCCCCCUUUUGAAAGCUCCUACUGAAUCUGCUUCCACCGCCCUUUCAGGCAGCGCCUUCCAGAUCACAACAACUCGCUGUGUGUAAAAAAAAAGAAAAUUCUCCUCAUCUCCCCCUCUGGUUUCUUUUGCUGAUUAUCCCAGAGAAAGCGCAAGAGAGACACACACACAAUAGGACCCUGAGAUGCAGAAAUCUUACAGAAUAGGUACAAGGUUGGGAAUUUGGAUUGGUUUCUGGGGAUUUCAUUGAACAAGAAGCUCCCUAUAAAUUCUUACACAACAUCUGAAACCAAACAGCCUGUAAUAUUUGUUUGGAGAGAUUGACAGGGGUAGGGACAAAUUAUAGCUAGCAAUAAUUAUUUCAACUCCCAAUUUAAGAGUAUUGUGGAUGUGCUACUUAUCUGUAUAGUAACUGGAUCACACUGGUUAAAGGACCUGUAACUUUCAUACUUUCAAAUAAAAGUUAAGUGAACCAAAA